AUGGUCCACCAGGGCCCUCAAGGCCACCUCUACAAAGCUGCUUCCCACUCAGUCAGCCUCCAGCCUGUACUAGUGAAUGUGAUUAUUCCUUUCCAGGUGCAGAGAUCUACAGAAAAGUAUUUUUCUUUCAUUCUGCAGUUAAUACUGAUUGUGAUUGGCGCUAUAACAGUAGUCUCAAUAUUACAACCCUACAUCUUCCUGGCAUCAGUGCCUGUGAUAGCAGCCUUUAUUGUGUUAAGGGCAUACUUCCUCCACACUUCUCAGCAGCUGAAACAACUGGAAUCUGAAGCUCGGAGUCCAAUAUUCACCCAUCUUGUUACAAGCUUAAAAGGGCUGUGGACACUGAGAGCUUUUGGGCGGCAGCCAUAUUUUGAGACCUUAUUUCACAAAGCCCUGAACCUACACACGGCAAACUGGUUCCUCUACCUGUCAACGCUGCGCUGGUUCCAGAUGAGAAUAGAAAUUAUUUUUGUUGUCUUUUUUGUUGCUGUGGCGUUCAUCUCUAUCAUAACUACAGGUGAUGGACCAGCUAGAGUUGGUAUUAUUAUUACUUUAGCCAUGAACAUCAUGGGAACCUUGCAGUGGGCAGUAAACUCAAGCAUAGAUGUGGAUAGUUUG